GGAACACCGUAUGACCGAGCAGGGGCUGGACGCGCAGACGACUCUAGAAUCUAGCGAUCCCUGCCAGCACUCUCCACCCUGUCCCCUGCACACCGACACCAUGAUACCAGCCCAGACUCACACCCCGUCGCCUUUGGAGCCCGGCCUACCGCCCGGAUCGCUGCCUCUCACUCCUGACGAGCUGGAGAGGCGUCAGUUCUACAACACCUACAACGCCUGGACCGGCAUCAACAUCGCCGCCUCCCUCGGCGGCUUCUUCAUGCUCCUCAUCCUGCUGCUGCUCUACAAGUCCAAGUGCAAGAGGCGCAGCAAGUACCCGCCCUGUCCCAGUGUUGAAGAUGGUGAUGUGAGCCUGCUGGAGCCGUGGGAUGUCACCUUUCUGGGUGGCUCCGUGGCGGACGGUCUCAGUCUCGGCUCAGGACGACAUCCGCACAGUUCGGACUCGACGCCGGCCGGCACGGUGCGGGGCAGCAGACACUCGCUGGCCGGCGGACGGGGUAGUCGCCAGUCACUGGCCGGGGGAAGGGGCAGUCGGCAGUCAUUGGUCGGUAGUAGGAAGUGUGUGUGCUCGGCGCCCGGGUCGGUACAGCGUCUGCCGCGACGGCCCCGGCUAUCCUCGGGCGGCUCCUCAGAGGCCGGUCACCAGCUGGAGCUGCGCGUGCACCAUCCGAAGCGGCGCGGACCGCCGCGCUACGCCUACAGCUUCGACGAGAAGGCCGUGGUGCCGGAGAGCUGGUGGCAGCGGGUCGACAUCAACGUCAUCCAGCCGACUCCGAGCGUCACCCCGUCGGCGAGCCUGCACUGCCUGGCGAGCUCCGACCAGGAGGCGGACGGCGCGGCGCCGCCGCCGCCACUCACCGUGCCGCGGCUCGACCUGCCCCGGCCGCGGCGCGGCUCCGCGGUCAGCUCCUCCGACCUCACCGACUUCGACGCGCGCAGCAUCGGCUCCGACUCGGUGUUCCUGGCUGACGACGACUGGUCGUCGUGCUCGGAGGCGGCCAGCCCGUCGCGCGGCCGGCGCCGCUGGCCGCUCUCGCGCCAGGCCAGUGUGUGUCUGGAGGACGACCUGAUCCCCGAGCUGGAGGAGGCGCCGCUGCCGCCGCCGCGCUCGCCGCCGCGCACCGAGCUGCUCUACGUGCCGGGCAUGGAGCCGGGCCUGCUGCGCGCCGCGCGGCCCGACGGCGGCGGUGCGCCGCGGCCCAGCUCGCCGCAGUUCCUCACCGUGCCCAGCGUGCACGGCACGCCGCGAUCGCCGCCCGCGCGCCGCUCACCCAACUUCCUCUCACCGCCGUCACCGACCUACGGACCGGCCAGGUCGAUGAGCCCGCCGCCGCCGGCGACAGUCAGCCCGGCGGGCCGCACCCGGCGGCUCGGCGUCGUCGGCCGACAGCCGUCCAUCUGCCAAAGCGUGUCGCUGUCGUCUUCGUCGUCGUCUUCGACGGCGUCGCUGCACCCGGCGUCGGAGCCAGCAGCGCCGCCUAGCGGAGAGGAGGCCAGACUGGUGGUGGUGGAGAGCACCGCAGAGGGAGGCGCCAAGGAGGCCGGCGCUGGAGCCGAGACGGCACCGAGGACUGUCAGCGAGGGCAGCCUGGUGACGCCAGCGACCGAGCGAUCCAGUGACGUCAUAGAUCCUCCUGAUGACGUCAGUAGAACAGACGCGGGAGCUGCUGUUGCUGGCAGGCAAAACUCAGAGGCCGACCAGUCAUCCUUUGAACUAGUUCUUUCCGUACCCGUGAUCACGCCGCCGCAGCCUGCGAGUCCCUGCUCACCCACAACGGAAGAGCCACCUAGUGAGAGGCCAGUGAACGAUAGCCUUGACGAUUCUCCUACAGAGGGCUCUGUUUCGUUAGUGGUACCGGUAACGGACUCUGGUGGAAACUCGCGUGAUCGCGCAGAAACCUCCUUCUGAAACCCGAGAUGUUAUAAAGCGACUUUUUGUGUAUCGCUAGGCAGUGACUUUGGCCAGUGCACGCUCAGUCCUUCAGUGUUAUCCCUCGCUGUGGUGUACCAGAGUUUGAUAAUUCACCAAUCACGCUUCUAAGGACAGCAGGUGUCUGUGCAACGAAACGCUCGAGAACAUUGGACAUUGGUACGGAUGUUUACAGAAGAGCGGUACGAGCUGUUAGUGCUCAACUUAGUGCAAAUCCUCCAGCAGAGCACCGCGGGUGUGACAUUGAACGCUGCGCGGCUCCCCGCUUUAUCUGUCCCGCACAUGACCCGAGCCUGCCGGGGCCGCAGUGUCCCAGGAUGCCUCGGUAGCGCCACCCAUAUCAAAACUUGAUAUUUUCCUAUCACUGAGACGGUAUUUGUGACGAAUGUUCCUCGCGGUGCGAUAUUCUGGUAGCUGGUAGGAGCUGUUGGAAGACGCGUGUGGUAUUUUUACGGUGUCGUGUACCACAGAGGCAAUAUACUCGGUGCGCUGUUAAAACGGUGGCGCACAUUGUUAAAACUGGGACCGUGUCGGCGCUUCAUGUUUCAAUGCUGUUGACGAGAAAUGCUGAGUGUUACUGCUGUCGUAGGAAGACUAUGUUUCUCGGCUGCUGUCAAUGAAGCCAUUUGCACUGUCCGCACUGACGAGUUCCCGUCACAAACACCUGCCUUCAUCUUGAAUUCGUGAGCCACCCUUACUUUCUUAGCUACAUUUAUUGUCAUUAUUAUUUGUUAUAUAGUUACAAUAGACGAGAUGCAGCUGUGUUUGACCGAGCGUUAGGUGCACGAUUGUUGGCCGUUGUUUGUUGCGUUUGUUGCUAUCAUCGCGCGGUUGUUAUCAUUAUCAGUAUCACCUGCCCGGGACGGUGUGAUGUGUUGUUAUGUUGGUAUGAACAUGUCCGGCACUGAAGUCAUCAAGCCGUAAACUAAGUUAUUGAUGUGUGCUACCGACUGGUUAUUGUAUUUUUGUUGAAUUACAUGGGAGACAAUGACAAUAUUUAGUGUUGGCACGCACAAAUGCACGUUCCGAAACAAAAUAGCACUUAAUUGGAGCCUUCAAAGGAACAAAACAUGCGUCAAACACUAAAAUAUAGUUCACACAUGUAUUUGUAAGCGUUACACAAGCAUCCGCCUUGUAUAAUCGACAAAUAACGAUAAUAAAUAAACGGAUCGUACAAAAGUUGCACUCUGAAGUAAUACCACAGCUCUCAAAAUGGCACAGGACUCCAACUCUGUAACAGCAGAUGAUGUUCUGACGGUAGUGUUGAACUACAGCCCAAUGCGCAGACGGGUAAAUGUAAGAAACAGCGCAACACACUACGGGUAGAUAGCAUUGGUGUGCCCAAAGUGGUGCGCUCACCAGCAACUGAAUCGUGAAAAUAUAACUAAUUUGAUCAGCGCAUUACAGCCACGCAAAGGCAGAUUGGUUUUGGACAAAAUCAGAAACGUCACUAUAUAGCAGCUAUGCAAAAAAAGAACGGAAGAAUGUCUUUUAAAAAGGCAGGGUUGCAACAGGCAACACCUGCAAAAUGCUACAAUUAUUGCAAUGUAUUUUUAGACGUAGUAGUAAGGGCUGGCUUCCACUGUUUGUUUUCUAUAUCAUGUCCUGUGAUCCCACGUAGGAAAACCUAAUGACUAACAAAUUAUCCCGACAGAAACACGCACAAUAUUAUCCCACCCCACAGUCAUCACUAUUGCUCAUUCGUGGAGGACCCUUCGUCACGAAUACAGCCGAUAAACACAAACAAAAAUCAGCUCCAGAAACCGAGAGCGCUGAUCACAACUGAGAUUCUAACUGUUCGAGAGCAUGUCGCUCCUGUCCCACAUGUAAACAAGCAUAAAGGAAAUAGUUCACCCUGAAGACAAUUACUUGGCUAAUAAACCAAUCUUAAAAUAUCCUGAAUUUUCGGGGCUCAGGACGGCCUUAAGUAGCGAAAGAGA